AGCCGAGCAGCAGCCUGAGCCCGGAGCUCCGCAGCCCGCAGCCUUAACACAGCCCCGAGCCGCCGCAAGUGCCAGCAGUACCAUGUCCAGGCCAUCGGGGGGCGGCGCCAACGAUGUCACCCGCUUCCUGUCGUCGGGGGCGGGGCCGGGGUCGCCCACCUCCGGCUCCGCGGUGUUCUCUGCCGCCAGCCAGGCCGACUGGGCCGCCAAGAGGCUGGUGUGGGUGCCGUCGGAGAAGCACGGCUUCGAGUCGGCCAGCAUCCGUGAGGAGCGCGGCGACGAGGUGGAGGUGGAGCUGACGGACAGCCAGCGGAAGCUGACCCUGUCCAGGGAGGAGGUCCAGCGGAUGAACCCGCCGAGGUUCAGCAAAGUGGAGGACAUGGCCGACCUGACCUGCCUGAACGAGGCCUCGGUGCUGCACAACCUCCGGGAGCGCUACUACUCCGGCCUCAUCUACACGUAUUCGGGUUUGUUCUGUGUGGUGGUGAACCCCUACAAGAACCUGCCCAUCUACACCGAGUCCAUCGUGGAGAUGUACCGAGGCAAGAAGCGCCACGAGAUGCCUCCUCACAUCUACGCCAUAUCGGAGGCGGCGUACCGCAGCAUGCUCCAAGAUCGAGAAGAUCAGUCGAUUCUCUGCACAGGCGAGUCCGGAGCCGGAAAAACGGAGAACACCAAGAAGGUCAUCCAGUAUUUGGCUCAUGUUGCUUCGUCCCAUAAGAGCGGAACCCUGGGCAGGAACAAGGAACCUGUACAGGCGGACGGCUCUCGGUCCCUGACCAGAGGCAGCUCUCUGGCCAGCCGGAGUUUACAAUAUGGCGAACUGGAGCGGCAGCUGCUGCAGGCCAACCCCAUCCUGGAGGCCUUCGGCAACGCCAAGACCGUCAAGAACGACAACUCGUCCAGAUUUGGUAAAUUCAUCCGCAUUAACUUUGACGUGGCGGGAUACAUCGUCGGUGCCAACAUUGAAACCUACCUCCUUGAAAAGUCUCGAGCUACACGUCAGGCCAAAGACGAGAGAACCUUCCACAUCUUCUACCAGCUGUUGUGUGGAGCUACAGAGGAAACCAGAGCCGACCUGCUCCUCGGUACUGCAGAUGAGUACCGGUUCCUCAGCGGCGGCUCCAUCCCUGUUCCUGGUCAGAGCGACUCGGAGAACUUCACCCAGACCAUGGACUCCAUGGCCAUCAUGGGCUUCACCCCCGAGGAGCUGCUCUCCAUGCUGAAGGUCAUCUCCGCCGUGCUCCAGUUUGGAAACAUCUCCUUCAUGAAGGAGAAGAACCAGGACCAGGCCUCGAUGCCCGACAACACGGCGGCCCAGAAGCUGUGCCACCUGCUGGGCAUCAACGUGCUGGAGUUCACCCGGGCCAUCCUGACGCCGCGGAUCAAAGUGGGCCGCGAGUACGUCCAGAAGGCUCAGACCAAAGAGCAGGCCGACUUCGCCGUAGAAGCUCUGGCCAAGGCGACGUACGAGCGUCUGUUCCGCUGGUUGGUUCACCGGAUCAACAGAGCUCUGGACCGCCGGCAGAGACAAGGAGCCUCCUUCAUCGGCAUCCUGGACAUCGCAGGGUUCGAGAUCUUCCAGCUGAACUCCUUCGAGCAGCUGUGCAUCAACUACACCAACGAGAAGCUGCAGCAGCUCUUCAACCACACCAUGUUCAUCCUGGAGCAGGAGGAGUACCAGCGAGAGGGCAUCGAGUGGAACUUCAUCGACUUCGGCCUGGACCUGCAGCCCUGCAUCGACCUGAUCGAGAGGCCGGCCCACCCUCCCGGCGUCCUGGCGCUGCUGGAUGAGGAGUGCUGGUUCCCCCGGGCGACGGACCGAUCCUUCGUGGAGAAGCUGUCCGGGGAGCAAGGCAGCCACCCCAAGUUCUUCAAGUCCAAGCAGCCGCGAGGGGAGGCCGACUUCUCCAUCAUCCACUACGCCGGGAAGGUGGACUACAAGGCCGACGACUGGCUGGUGAAGAACAUGGAUCCUCUGAACGACAACGUGGCGUCGCUGCUGCACCAGUCGUCGGAUCAUUUCGUCUCAGAGCUCUGGAAGGAGGUGGACCGGAUCGUGGGCCUGGACCAGGUGUCUUCAGGCGAGAGCAGCGGUCCGGUGACGUUCGGAGCGUCGGGACUGAAGACUAAGAAGGGGAUGUUCAGGACCGUCGGUCAGCUCUACAAAGAGUCUCUGACCAAGCUGAUGGCCACACUGAGGAACACCAACCCCAACUUCCUGCGCUGCAUCAUCCCCAACCACGAGAAGAGGGCCGGUAAACUAUCCCCUCACCUGGUUCUGGACCAGCUCAGGUGUAACGGCGUUCUGGAGGGGAUCCGGAUCUGCAGACAAGGCUUCCCCAACCGGAUCCCGUUCCAGGAGUUCAGACAGAGAUAUGAGAUCUUAACUCCAAACGCUAUCCCUCGAACCUUCAUGGACGGAAAACAGGCGUCGGAGCUCAUGAUCAGCGCUCUGGAGUUGGACCACAACCUGUUCAGGGUCGGUCAGAGUAAAGUCUUCUUCAGAGCCGGAGUUCUGGCCCAUCUGGAGGAGGAACGAGACCUGAAGAUCACCGACACCAUCAUUCGCUUCCAGAGCGCCGCCAGAGGCUUCCUCGUGAAGCCUCUGCUGCAGGUGACCCGGCAGGACGAGGAGAUCCAGGUGAGGGAGGCCGAGCUGCAGAAGGCCAAAGACAAACUGACCCGAGCAGAGCAGGACUUCUCGGACCUGGACCGGAAGCACGCUCAGCUGAUCGAGGAGAAGGCGGUUCUGGCCGACCAGCUGCAGGCCGAGGCCGAGCUGUUCGCCGAGGCAGAGGAGAUGAGGGCCAGGCUGGCCAGCAGGAAGCAGGAGCUGGAGGAGGUGCUGGGGGAGCUGGAGAGUCGGCUGGAGGAGGAGGAGGAGAGGGGCGUCCAGCUGACCAACGAGAAGAAGAGGAUGCAGCAGAACAUACAGGACCUGGAGGAGCAGCUGGAGGAGGAGGAAAGCGCUCGGCAGCGCCUCCUGCUGGAGAAGGUGACUCUGGAGACCAAAGCCAAGAGUCUGGAGACGGACCUGCUGACUGCCGUGGAGCAGAGAGACCGGCUCAGCAAGGAGAAGAAGCUGCUGGAGGAGCGUCUCAGCGAAGUGACCGACCAGCUGACGGAGGAGGAGGAGAAGACCAAGAGUCUGAACAAGCUCAAGAACAAACAGGAAGCCGUCAUCGCCGACCUCGAGGAGCGUCUGAAGCGGGAGGAGCAAGGCCGGCUGGAGCAGGAGAAGUGGAAGAGGAGGAUGGAGAACGAGUCUCUGGAGGCCCAGGAGCAGCUCUCCGAUCUGGGCAUGCUGUCUGCCGAGCUGAAGGGGAGUCUGACUCAGAAGGAGAAGGAGAUCACGACGCUGCAGGGCCGGUUGGAGGAGGAAGGCGCCCGGAGGGCUGAAGCCCAGAGGGCUCUGAGGGAGGCUCUGUCCCAGGUGUCGGAGCUGAAGGAGGAGGUGGAGAACGAACGAGGGAUGAGAGAAAGAGCAGAGAAACAGAGGCGAGACCUGGGAGAGGAGCUGGAGGCUCUGAGGACGGAGUUAGAAGAUACGCUGGACACCACAGCCGCCCAGCAGGAGCUACGGUCUCGUCGCGAGGCGGAGCUCAGCGACCUGCAGCGAUGCGUCGAAGAGGAAACCCGGCGCCACGAAGCCCAGCUGUCAGAGCUGAGAGUGAAGCACAGCUCGGCCAUCGACAACCUGCAGGAGCAGCUGGACAACAGCAAGAGGGCCCGCCAGUCCCUGGAGAAGGCCAAGCUGGUCCUGGAGGAGGAGCGGCAGAACCUGAGCUCGGAGCUAAAGAGCCUCCAGGCGGGCCGGACUGAUAGCGAGCGUGGCAGGAAGCGGGCCGAGAGCCAGCUGCAGGAGCUGAACGCCCGGCUGGUCCAGGCCGACCGCGAGCGCGAGGAGCGCGAGGAGAGGCUGCACAAGCUGCAGUGUGAGAUCGAGUCUCUGUCCGGCAACCUGUCGUCCUCCGACUCCAAAACUCUCCGUCUCUCUAAAGAAGUGAGCAGCUUGGAGGGCCAGCUGCACGACGCCAAGGAGCUGCUGCAGGAUGAAACCCGGCAGAAAAUGGCUCUGAGCUCCAGAGUCCGAGCUCUGGAGGAGGAGAAGAACGGCCUGAUGGAGAGGCUGGAGGAGGAGGAGGAGCGCGCCAAAGAGCUGAACCGGCAGAUCCAGACCCUGACCCAGCAGCUGGCGGAGCUCCGUAAGCAGUCGGAGGAGGUGAACACGGCGGUGGAGGUCGGCGAGGAGACCCGCAGGAAGCUGCAGAGGGAGCUGGACAGCGCCACCCAGAGGGAGCGGCAGAAGGAGGAGGAGAAGGAGCGGGUGGAGCGGCAGAGGGAGCGGCUGAGGGAGGAGAUCGAGGACAUGACGCUGGCCCUGCAGAGGGAGAGGCAGAACUGCACGGCGCUGGAGAAGAGGCAGAAGAAGUUCGACCAGUGUCUGGCGGAGGAGAAGGCCGUGAGCGCUCGGCUGGCCGAGGAGAGAGACCGGGCCGAAGCCGACAGCCGCGAGAAGGAGACCAGAUACCUGGCGUUGUCCCGAGCCCUGCAGGAGGCCCAGGACCAACGGGAGGAGCUGGAGAGGAGCAACAAGCAGCUCCGAGCAGAGAUGGAGCAGCUCGUCAACCAGCAGGACGACGUCGGCAAGAACGUCCACGAGCUGGAACGAACCCGGCGGAGCCUCGAGACCGAAGCCCAGAACCUGCGGGUCCAGACCCAGGAGCUGGAGGAGGAGCUGUCGGAGGCGGAGAACUCCCGGCUGAGGCUGGAGGUCACCCUGCAGGCGCUGAAGGCCCAGUUCGAGAGGGAGAUCAGCAGCAGCGAGGAGAAGGGCGAGGAGAAGAGGAGGGCGCUCAGCAAGCAGGUGAGGGAGCUGGAGAUCCAGCUGGAGGAGGAGAGGACUCAGCGCUCGCAGGCCGUCUCCUCCAGGAAGCAGCUGGAGGCGGAGCUGCAGGAGUCCGAAGCCCAGGUGGAGGCGACCAGCCGGGGCAAAGAAGAGGCCGUGAAGCAGCUGAGGAGGCUGCAGGGUCAGAUGAAGGAGAUUCUGCGAGAGCUGGAUGAGACCAAACUGUCGCGGGACGAAAUCAUCGCUCAGUCGAAGGACAGCGAGAAGAAGAUCCAAACGCUGGAGGCAGAAGUCCUGCAGCUGACUGAGGAGCUGUCGGUGUCGGAGCGCCACAAGCGGCAGGCCCAGCAGGAGAGGGACGAGAUGGCCGACGAGAUGGUCAACAGCAGCUCUGGAAAGAACGCUCUGUGUGAGGAGAAGCGACGGCUGGAGGCCCGAGUCAGUCAGCUGGAGGAGGAGCUGGAGGAGGAGCAGAGCAACUCUGAGCUGCUGGCGGAGCGGCAGCGCAAGACCACGCUGCAGGCGGAGACCCUGACGGUGCAGCUCCAGGGGGAGCGGACUCUGGCCCAGAAGGCCGAGGCGGCCCGCGAGCAGCUGGAGAGGCAGAACAAGGAGCUGAAGACCCGGCUGGGCGAGCUGGAGGGGGCAGUGAGGGGCAAACACCGGCUCAGCGUCGCCGCCCUGGAGGCCAAGAUCGACUCCAUGGAGGAGCAGCUGGAGCAGGAGAGACAGGAACGAGCCAUCGCCAACAAGCUGGUGAGGAAGACGGAGAAGAAGCUGAAGGAGGUGAUGAUGCAGGCGGAGGACGAGCGGAGGCAUGCCGACCAGUACAGGGAGCAGCUGGACAAGUCGAUGGGACGCCUGAAGCAGCUGAAGCGGCAGCUGGAGGAGGUGGAGGAGGAGAACUCGCGCUCCAACGCCCAGAAGAGGAAGCUGCAGAGGGAGCUGGAGGAGCUGACGGACAGCAGCCAGAGCAUGACGCGGGAGAUCACGUCGCUGCGCAGCCAGCUCAGGUAG